AUGCGGCUGCGAAAACCGGUCGAUCCUCGGCUCGCUCUUCCCCUCCUGCUCCUGCUCGUUCCUCUCUUCACAGCCGCCUCACAUCCACAAUCCGAUCCGUGUCUAGAUGCCAUAACUGUAAGCCCCGCUUAUUUUUUCAUCGAAAAUCAGAGUAUUAGCUGCAGGAAAGUGAUGUGGCGCGGCUGAAGAUGCCAUCCAAAUUUUCGCAUUUGACGCCGCCGUGGGAACGGACGGACGGGAAGCACGCGAAGGUAUUUAACCAGCGGAAUCAUCUUCUUUAGACAUUAUUAUAGGUGAUCCGCAGCGAAGGACUCACUUACCAGUGGAGCUGGAUGAAAGCCCUUCGAGUCACCGGACUAUUCAAAACGGUUUGGACUGGACUAUUCCGAGCUCAAAUUUAAACCUAAUGAAAGUGGGUUCAGGUCGAGGAUAUCAUCGGGUUCCUCAGCGCCAAUGAUUGUCUUUUCGUACCCGUCGGCUCGUUCGUCCGCAAUAUUCUUCUUCAGAAGAAAGCGGUUUAUGUGAGCGGAGAAGUGAGCUGCAAACUGCACGAGGUACGAGCACUAACAAUUAUGGGGGCAGAUAAUCCAAUCGGACUAAAAAAACUUACCAAGUAGAUACUUCAAAUCAAGAUUGAUAAUUUUGCAAAGUUGGGUCCCGAUCGGAUAACUUUUCUUUCAGCUCUACUCGAAAUGCGUUGCCACGUACGGCUCGUCGAACUGUGCUCUCUACCCGAUCGAAGACGGCGGCUGGGGCGCAUACCGACUCGAAAUCGGCGACUCGAGCAGCAAUCGGAGCACGUACUCGGUGAAGGCGGAGCCGAUUGUGCUGCACGAGUGGCGUUCGGUGCUCGGCGCACCGCGGAAUCGCUGGCGAUUCACCGUCGACACUCUCGCGAUAUUCGACUACGGCGUCGGCGACGUUUUCGUGAUCGACCCGACCGAAAGCGGUUGGAAACACGUGUGCGACAAGAAAUUGGUACCGGCGAUGGGCGAUUGGGAGGAGUGGAGUCAGAAUCAGACCGAAAAGCUGCUGGGGUCAGUUUACAAGGCGAUUCUUCCAACAAUUUCCUAGUUUUUCAGUUUCUACGACCUGCGCACCGACGGAUUUGCGUCGCAGAGCGAAAACUUUCAGAAAUUCGUGAACAACGAGAUAAGCACGGCGGAGAAGCGAGUCUCGCAAAAGUUCUAUUGCGAACACGUGCUGAAGGGAGUCUCGAAUCUGGAGGGAACGACGCCCGUCUGCCACACGACCUAUCCGGAGAAGGAGUCGGCAAAGAAGAUCUCACAGAUGAGAACGGUCAUGAUCGGCGAGAUGGGUACGUGCGAUUCCAUUUCUUCCAGGGAUUGAGGAAUUAACUUUUGACUCAGUUGAAAUAUUCCGAUAACAUUUUACAGAUUUUAGAUGUAAUGGGGCUAUUCAGCGUAUGUUUGUUUUCCGUUUUUUUCGUUUUUUUUACAUCGCUGAAUUGAAUUUUUUGACGUAAAAAAACGAAAAAAAAACGGAAAACAAUCAUUUUUUUCACAGACUGAAUAACCCCAUAAGGUCGAAAAAGCCGUAAUUAUUGUUAAUGCCCGGCCCUUUAUUCAUCCCUGAUUUCUUCCCGUUCUCCAGUCCAACCAAGAUCGUUUCUUUUCAGGGAUCCACUGGAACUCAACAGUGGGGAAGGCGGCCGACGACCUCGAGGCGGUCUUCUGUACUCCGCGUCAGUUCGCCGACAUCCGCGCUCGACUCCUGCACAAAGUGGCGGCUCCAGCAGACUCUGUCCACUCGGAGCCGUCUCCAAAAGUGAUCGAGGAGGGUCUUCCGAUGGUCAACGAUAGCGCCAACGUGCACGUCCGUCCGAUCCUCGAGAAGAACGAGCCGGUGCCGCUUCUUCCGGCCGAGUAUCCUAGUGUUCCGAGAGCGCGGCCAAACAAAAACCUCGAGUUCGAGGCCGAUCAUCUUUUGGUCAGCGGGGCAGGGAAAGAACCGGAAUUGGUGUACUUUGAAGGAUCCAAUCGUGCUCCGGAAGGACCUGACAAAGAUUCGGAAGAAGAGGAUGAAGAAGAGAAAGAGACGGAGCCAAUUCGAGUAAUCGGGGGAGUCGCGGCGGAUCCGAACGAAGAUCCGGCCUACAAACAUCACAAUGCAAUUCCCGACGACACUCCGGUUAUGCGAUUCGAUAAAGUUGAGGAAGGCGGAAUAUCAGAGGCCGCCGCCGCCAUGGAGAUUUCCACGUCAUCCGCUACAAAACAAGCAGUGUUUUUCUCCUCUUUUCUGCUCUUUUUAAUAGUUUAA